AUGCAGCAAAGUAACUAUGUUGAAGAAAUUAGUGAGGCCACAUCAGACUCAAUAGAAGUUGAAGCGCAGUCUACUACCUCUUUGGGUAAUACGGUUGAUACCAACGAGGCUAGCACUGAUGGGGGUGAUAUCACUGAGGAGCCAAAGCCAGGGAUGCAUUUUGAGUCGGAGACUGAGUUGAUAAAUUACUAUAAACAUUACGGAAAGCGAUGUGGUUUUGGGAUAAUAACACAAAGGAGUAAAAUGGAGAAAGAUGGGACUGUGAAAUAUGUCACUGUGGGAUGUGCUCGGGGUGGCAAGGCACAAAAUAGGUCGUCAAACGUCUCCAAGCCUCGGCCAACAAGCAAGACAGACUGCAAGGCAAGGAUGAAUGUCAUGUUAAAGGAUGGGAAGCUAUGUGCGACAUCCGUAUUUAACACACACAAUCAUGGGCUCAGUCUAAGAAAAUUCAGGUUUUUCAAAUGCAACAGAGAAGUUAAUGAGUCUGUUAAAAGGGUGUUGGAUACUAAUGAUGAGGCUGGCAUAUGGAUGAAUAAGAGUUUACAUGCUCUUGUGAUUGAGGCGGAUGGGUUUGAGAACAUAUCAUUUGGAGAAAAAGAUUGUCGUAACUAUAUUGAUAAGGCACGACACCUGCGCCUUGGUAAAGGUGGUGCUCAAGCGUUGUUUGAGUAUUUUAGAAUGAUGCAAUACAAGAAUGAUGGUUUUUUCAACCUCAUGAAAUUGGACGAUGAUGAUAGACUGAAAAGUGUGUUUUGGGCGGACGCCCGUAGUAGAGGGGCCUACAACUACUUUGGAGAUGUGGAAACAUUCGAUACCACAUAUUUGACAAAUAGGUAUGGAAUGUCAUUUGCACCUUUUGUGGGUGUAAACCAUCAUGGACAGUCAAUCCUUUUGUGGGUGUAA